AUGCGAUCCUGGCUGUCUUCACAGCGGCCUGACAUGCCUUCUGUGCAUUUCGGCCUUCCUCGACGCUCGCUCCUCAAAUUUCCACCGGGAUCCCAACCGCACACCAUUCCCGCCCCUCCUGCGGAGCGCUCGUGGCUUCAGCCGUUCACCAUCCCGCCAAAGCUGUACAACGAUGCUCUGAAGGUGCAGGUUCCUAUCACCAUCGCCGCCGUGUACGCCGCAACCGUCAUCCUCAUCAAUCGUGUCAACAAGAAGCGAGGCUACAAGCCGUGGGCGAUCAGCAAAACCAAGGCUUUCCACCUUUUUGUCGUCUUGCACAAUGUGUUUCUAGCAAUCUAUUCCGCGUGGACCUUUGUCGGCAUGCUGAACGCGUUCCGUGAAUCCAUGCCUGCGCGUUCAGAGAUGCACGGCAAUGGAUUGGUGAAUGUGGUGGACGCGCUUUGCAAGGUCAAUGGCCCUCGAGGCCUCGGAAAUGCUGCCGUGUACGAUACCAAUGCCGAUUCGUGGACCAUCCUCAACCCGGAAUACAAGUUGGGCCCCGGCAAUACCCCUGACCCGACCGACGUUGGUAGACUCUGGAAUAAGGGUCUCGCCUUUUUCGGCUGGAUUUUCUAUCUUUCCAAAUUCUAUGAGGUUCUGGAUACUGCCAUCAUCUUGGCAAAGGGGAAGAAGAGUUCGACUCUGCAAACUUACCACCAUGCCGGCGCCAUGAUGUGCAUGUGGGCCGGCAUUCGGUACAUGGCUUCUCCAAUCUGGAUCUUCGCUCUUGUCAACUCCGCCAUCCAUGCGAUGAUGUCGCAGUACACAUAUUAUACGUUGACGGCGCUCAAAUUCCCUAUCCCUGUCCGCAUCAAAAAAUCCUUGACCACGACGCAGAUCCUGCAGUUCAUCCUAGGCACCUCUCUUGCAGCCAGUCACCUUUUUAUCUACUACUCCAUCCCGUUCCCCGUCCCCCACACGGUCACCCUCCCUCCCUUGGCGUCCGUGGUGCCUUCUGUCGCGGCGGUCGCCAACGCUACUCAAAGUGGGAUGGGCUCGUGGCUGAAGAAGCUUGCACUUCGGGCUGCUGGCCAUGAAGGCGUGGCUGCGAAUGUCGUAAAUGCAAAUGGCACCCUAUUCGGCUCGGAUGGUAUGCGGGCGGCCGAAGCCGCGUUGGGAAAGCAGGAGGUUCGCUAUACGCUCGAGCCCCAGACCUUCUCCUGCAUGGAUACCAGCGGCCAGGCUUUUGCGGUUUGGCUCAACGUCCUGUAUCUCUUGCCGCUGACGUGGUUGUUUGCCCGUUUCUUUGUUCGCUCGUACCUCCGCCGCACCGACCCCAAAGCGAAGCGUUCCAUGAGCCACAGUCACGCUGCUGAAAAGGCAGGGCUCGAUGCCCUCAAGGGAGUCACGCCAAGCUCGUGCGGAACGACGGUACAGCGCCACCACCAAACACCCGGAAGGCGUAAAGAUGGCGACGGGCAACUCAGUGGGAACACGCACUCCAACCGACGCGUCGGCGUACGAGGCGAAUGUUGA